AUGGCACCACACCCAACUCUCAAGACGACCUUCGCCGCGAGGAGCGAGACGGCGACGCACCCCCUAACCGCCUAUCUGUUCAAGCUCAUGGACCUCAAAGCCUCUAACCUGUGCCUGAGCGCCGACGUACCGACAGCGCGGGAGCUCCUCUACCUUGCUGACAAAAUCGGCCCCUCCAUUGUCGUGCUCAAGACACACUAUGACAUGGUCUCUGGCUGGGAUUUCCAUCCCGAGACUGGCACCGGCGCCAAGCUGGCCACGCUGGCUCGAAAGCACGGCUUCCUCAUUUUCGAGGAUCGCAAGUUCGGGGACAUUGGCCACACCGUCGAGCUGCAGUACACCGGCGGAUCGGCGCGCAUCAUCGACUGGGCCCACAUCGUCAAUGUCAACAUGGUGCCGGGCAAGGCAUCUGUGGCCUCCCUAGCCCAAGGGGCCAAGCGAUGGUUAGAGCGGUAUCCCUGCGAAGUCAAGACGUCGGUCACCGUUGGCACUCCCACAAUGGAUCACUUUGACGACAUCGAAGAGGCCAAGGAGGCCGAGCCCGUCACCGUCACCGUCAAUGGAAAUGGAAAUGGAAAUGGCUCCUCCAGCAUGAUGGAAAAGCCCAUUUACUCUGGCCGAACCGGAGACGGCCGCAAGGGAAGCAUUGUUUCCAUCACCACCGUCACCCAGCAGUACGAGUCCGUCGCUUCACCUCGGUUGGCAAAGGCAAUCGCUGAGGGAGACGAGUCACUAUUUCCAGGCAUUGAGGAGGCACCGCUAAACCGUGGCCUCUUGAUUCUCGCCCAGAUGUCUAGCCAAGGCAAUUUCAUGAACAAGGAGUACACUGAGGCUUGUGUGGAGGCGGCUAGGGAGCACAAGGACUUUGUCAUGGGCUUCAUCUCCCAGGAGACGCUCAACACGGAAGGCGACGAUGCCUUUGUCCACAUGACCCCAGGCUGCCAGCUCCCCCCCGAAGAUGAAGACCAGCAGGCGAACGGCACCGUUGGAGGCGAUGGCCAAGGCCAGCAGUACAACACGCCGCAUAAGAUUAUUGGCCUCUGCGGUAGCGACAUUGCCAUUGUGGGUAGAGGUAUCCUCAAGGCCUCGGACCCCGUAGAAGAGGCAGAACGAUACCGGUCAGCGGCGUGGAAAGCCUACACAGAGAGGCUGCUGCGGUAG